CCUAUCUCUCUUUGUAUUUCUCCUCUGUUCGCCUUUUGUGGAAUUUAUCCCUACAAAGACAAAAGACAAAGCAAAGGGGAGAGAGACGGGAAGAACCAGUAUCAACGACGAGGGAAUGUCCUGGUGGUUGAGCUUUACAUAAUAGAUAUAUCGUUACAUACCCUCCUCCUCCUCCUCCUCCUCCCCUAUCUCGCCGUAUCGUAUAGCAUCAUCGCAAACCACAAAAUAUCGUUGAUCGAAUUAAACCAAUAAACCAACACGUUCACGAGAAAACGAAACACACAGCGGAGGAAAAAAAUAUAUUACUCAUCGUCGUCGUCGCUCCUGUUAAAAACUCGUUACGUGCGUGCAAAAGGGGUCACGUUGAGCAGCGGAGCGGAGCGGGGUGAGCUGCAGACCCCAAAGAUAUCAAGCAGCGGGAUAUUUGCAACCAGUGUUCGCUCUCUCCGAUUCACUUACUCUCUUCAACCAUACUGUACUAUCGACACAUACAUACAUAUAUCCAUACAAUAUCUCGCUGCACAAGUAUUACAAACCACCGAACCAAAGCCAAAAAAAGCCAGACCUGAAAACCCGCCAAAAGAAAAAGAAAAAAGAAAGAAAGAAAGAAAGAAAGAAAGAAAAAGAAAAAGAAAACCCCAAGAUGCCAUCCCAACCCUCAAGAUUCACCGAGCUCCUCGGCUCAGAACGGCUCAAACGACACACCUUCUCCAGCGCUGACGUGCGACUGGAAGAUAUCCUCGCCGCGGAAGCUGCCCAAGCCACUACCACUACCACUACCACUGCUGCCGCUGCUGCUGCUGCCUUGCAAAGGUCCACCACGGUCAGCAGAUCGCGCUCUACCGCGUCAACAUUUUCGACGUCUUCGACAUCGUCGGCAUCCUCUUCCUCGUCAUCGGGUGGAUUCCUUUUCCCGUGGGGGGUCGAUAGGGGGAGCGGGGAGUGGGAAUGGACUGGGGAAUGGACUGGGGAAUGGAGGGAAGGGGGGGGAGGGGGGAGGGGGAAGGAUUUCACUGUCGACAGAGAGGGAGACCGCGCAUGAGCGGCGGGUUUGCUCAUUUUUAAAAACACAUGCUUCACGACUGCAUUUGGAGAAAAAUUCCCUUCCGUUCUGGGUUUUGCAUUGUUUGGUUAUUUUAUCGAGUUGGGAAAAUGGGUGGUUAUCUGUUUUCCAUCUAUAUGACUGGAUGUUUUUGUGUGUUCCGGAUGGAGAGAGAGAGGGGGCGUGGCAUGAGCUCUGGUGGUUUUAUAUCGAUGCAACACAUUUCCCCCCCUAGUUUCUUAUUUUUUUCUUAUUUUUAAAUUUUCUGGUGCUCAUUGCUAGUUACCUACGCAGAUAGCUGGGGUAUCGGUGUUGGCUGGACCUGGAGUUCACGAUUUCUCCUCCCGAUUUUUCCUUACUUAUUUACUGCUUUGGCCACCAUUGUUUAUUUUUCUUGGUUAUAGUUAUUAUUGUGUUGUAAUAUCCCUCUCUUCAUUAUUCCCCCCUUUUUUUUUCGUGGAUAACGAUUUGACUUUGGCUCCAUCUAACUACUACCCCCCUGAUUUUUAUCUCUAACGUUAUUACUUUUAAACGACAUGACCUCACGACUGUCUUUACCCUGCCCUGACGACUGAAUGCCCCCCCUUUUUUCGAUUAUCUUUGCUCCCCAAACUUUAUCAUGCUAUAUAUACCCCGCGCGGUCCUUUCUCUUUUCCUUUCUCUCUCUCUCUCUUUUUUUUUUUUUUUUUUUUUUUUUUUUUUUUU